AUGCGUACAAGUCAUAGGUUGGGCAAUAUGGUGGCCGUGAUGGCGAACGAGCAACAGCAAUUCGAAUCCCUUGUUUCUCAACUGAUGUCCCCCGAUAAUAACAUAAGAAACCAGGCAGAGGUAGGAAGAUAUCUCUUCUUUAUCAUAUCGUGACCAGGCUGCUCCACGGAGUGAAUGAGAACAAUGUAGGUUGUUGCCGAGGUCCUUUCUCCAGGAAGAAUCUCGCCCGGUGAGAUCGAAUGCAUGCACUCAUGUUUACACCAUGUGCAAUUUUUGCCAACCCGAGAUUUCCCUUUUUAUUUCGAAAUUCUAUAGAUCGUUUCAGUUCUGAGAUAGUCCUUAGCCCUCCUAUGUUUCGGCGGUAUUCUUUCUUUUUAAAGAACCGGUAUGUUUUAUAAUUACAGUAUAUGCUUUCUUCGCCCACGUUUUCUUUUAUUAUUGCGGAAUUUUUGGUGUUCAUUUCGCAUGUGGUAGCUUGAUCUUAAGCUUCUCAGAAAAUCGAACUUAAUGAAAUUUUAUUUUGUACUUAUCCCUGACUCGUGAUCAGAUAAAGUGACAAUUAGCUAAGAAAGUUUCUCUUCAAAAGCUCGAUUUAGACAGAAUGCUAUCAAACAUACUGUCAACAUGAAUCGCACAUGUUACACGUUAAAUUUGAUUUCAGGUUAAAUUUUAUAACCGAGGUUGAUUAUCAUUUUUCCUUGUCUUCUGGGGCUAGGAGACAAAGGGAAUCGGGAAUCCCCCCAGGUAAAAUCAAAAUUAACCUGAAAUCAAAUUUGACCUGUAACAUCCAUACACUUUUAUAAACUUGAUUUGAUGAGGUUAUUUUUGGUACAUGUGAAUGGGGUGUUUGUAAUUUGAUGAUCAGCUUAUAACUCUAUAAGAAAACAAAAUACAGUAUUUUGUUUUAAGAAGCAAUUAAAGAGCAAAAUAACUACCUAUUUUUGGUUAAGCUUAUAUUAUGUGGAGUAGAGUCAAAGUUACAUGAACAGUCACCUUGGCCCCAAAAUCUACCUCUGAUUAGAAAGGCAAUACAGUCAGGGGCCGGUUGCUCGAAGUCUAGUUAGCGCUAACCGUUGGUUAAGAGGUAUCAAAAUGUAUAGAUUUCCAUGGUAUUUAACGCUGGUUAGCACUAACCAUGCUUCGAGCAACCCGGGCCAGGACUGGUUUGUCAAAAUAUAAGCGAAUGACUUUUAUUGAUGUAGUUCUUUGCGCAAAAAAAAACUCAUGCACUUCAAAUGCCAGCAAGUUUAUUUGGUGAAAUUGUCUGUUUCUUUGUUUUUUAUUAACCUUUGUUAAUACUGUCUUAUUUUUUGUUACAUAGACAUUAUUUUAUGUCUUGAACACAGACGAUCAACAGAUUGCUUGGUUUAUAUAUUGAUUUUUAUGGCUAACAUAAUCAAAUUGAACAAAAUGUCUAGAUGCCAUUUAGGUGUCGUUCAUAUUUGUUGCCCGGGAACCAGUUCCUUGGUACUGGCAAUAAAUGAUUUUGUGUUCACACCUUGAGAACACAAUCAGUGUGACUGUAUUCAUGGUUACUCCAUUUCGCCCUGCCAGAUGCCAUUUGGAACAUGUGCUUAGAAGCAAGUACAAAACAGUGAGCUGCCACAGAACUAACAAAAAUGCUGUGCACACAGGUUCCCUGUGCGCACAUUUCUGGCAUCAUUUUCAAGUUCUAGUGUUGGUACUUGAAAAAAGGCUGUGCAGGAUUCAAAGUUUAAAUUUGAGUUUGGGAGCACUUGUGCUACCAGAUGUAAAUUUUUAGGCGCGCUGCCGAAAUUUUAGGUGCACAGCUGAAAAAUUGAGGAGCACAGCUUAUAAUGUUGGGAGUAUCUAUUUCAAAAGGAAAAGCAAAAAGCUUAACAGUGCCAAGUUUAUAUGUCAUCUUGAGUUUGUUACUUUUUUUUCAGUCCUGUGAUUGAUAAAAUGUAGCAGAUUUGAUACGCAGUAAUACUGUUGUGAUUUUUAAUACUAAUUUCUCUUUUUGACAGUACAGAUGUGACUAAAGAAAACAUACACUUAAAAAAAAAUUCAAAACUGACAACAAUGAGUGUGUCCAACGAGAUUGAAAAUUAAUCUUUAAUGAAUUUGUGAAAUGGGCAGUAACUUACAUGUAACUGGGACAUGACUUAAAAACUUUCUCACCUGGAAAAGAAGGCUCUUAAUCUGUACUGUGUUUUUGAUUGACCUUAAAACUGAAUGUUCGACAUGGUCAUCCAUUGUGCAAAAAGCAUGUGUUUCAUUCGUAGCAUAUUUGCAUGUGUCGGCGGCGUUUAUUACAAAACAGAAGAGUCUGGGAUAGAGUAAACAUUGAAACAAAAAUGAACAUUCGAGUUCGUGGAAUCCAUUAGGAGAAAAGGCGAAUUAAACAUACACAUAUGAAAGGAAAACAAUGUAACUUAUUAUUUAGAACCUGGUUUUGCUAUUUCUACAUUACGUUUACUUUCAAUGCUUGAAGCUACUGUUAAUCCUCUUUCUAGUUCAAGUAUGUAAGUAUGGUUGGAAGCAAGUCAGUCGCACAGUGCUUUGGGUUUUAUGGCGCACAGGUGCGAUUACACAUGAAUUUUUAGGCACACAACCAAAAAUCCAGUCACAUAUGCAACCAGUUAGUCAUUGACUUCGAGCCCUGCUGUGUUCACAUUAGUGCUCUGCGAGUACCCUACUUGGGCACUGUGCCUAGGCACAAACUGUGAAUGCUUCCUUAAACCAGUGCAUGGAACCAGUCUUGACAUGGUACUCUAAAAUUACAUGUAAUAUUCCACUGAAUGCAGGAAUGUUUGUACCAAUACCCAGGGAUCUGUGGCAACUAACUGUUGCCUUGGGCAACAUGGAUGUAGUUUUUGAAAAAAACUGAAACGCUGGUUUCUUUUAAUUUUACUUAACUUCACCAUACAUUGUACUAAUGGUGACUUCUAUUUACAUAGUUGCCAUGGAAACCACAAAAGCAUACUUGAAUCAAAGUUACAAGACUGUGGCAACCUAUCAGACAUUUUGGAUCAUUAGAUUAUCUUGUGUGUCAUUAUAUGAAGUUUUCUUUUAGACCAAAAUUUCAUUUGCUAUAUAAUUUUUACUUGUAAUGGUUGAAUAUUGUGUGUUAUAAAAUAGCCUGCCUCUUGCUUUUCUUCUUGACAGGCACAUUAUGAUACUAUUGUUGAGCCAACAAAAAUUAGUUUCCUUAUUCAAAUGAUAAAGACAUCAGGAAUCCCUGAGGUGAGAUUUAUUAGAGCAUACACAUGUCUGUUGAAGCAGUACUCACUCCAAUCAAAUAUUCAAAGGCAUUAAAACAGUUACAGGAUUCCCAGGGUUGUCUGAAGUCUUCUUGGUUGCAAAAUAUAAAUAAGCAUUUGUAUGGGAGUUUAAAAACGUUUGUCUAAAAAGUUGUAGUGUGAGAGCUUUAUUUCAGUCAACUUUUGCACAAGGCUGAAAACUGACAAUCAGGACCGCACCACAAAACCAGUCACUCCUAAAUGUUACAGAGUUACACAGAUAAAAUCCCAGUCAGCCUUCACACCAUGGUUUUGUUCCAAAAAUUAAUUAUUUCCAACAAUCAUUUAUUCCAAGUUCACAUUUUCUGACAAUACUUGUGCCAUUGAAAGUUGGUGUUAGUCCCGCUCAAAUCAAAUUUACUGCAACAUAUGUUAAUAAUAUAACUUUCAGCAUAUCAUUGGCUUUGCUUUUCUACAUGUAAAAUUAAUGUUUUAAUUUUAGGAAAGUCACUGUUUUCUAACAGUUCAUAUAUAAUUUUUAUGCCGAUAUUGGUGAAUAAGGCAAAAACAAGUUUUUUAGGUGUCCUUCUCUGUAAUGUAACCACUCUUUAAUGAUGCUAACUUGUGAUUUUCUAGUCAUCAAUUUGUGUUCCACCCUUUCAGUUACUAUGACAUGUUUAGAACUCAUUAAAAGGACAGUUGUAAACUUAAAACUUACAUGUUAUAUAAAUCAAAGGUUCGUCAAAUGUCAGCUGUACUUCUGCGGAGAAUCUUCUCCAGUUCGGUGGACUUUUAUGAGAAACUCGACCCAACCUUGCAGCAGGGAAUGAAGGAUGGUUUGCUGAAGGCCAUCGAGGAGGAACAGAUUCCUACAGUGCGGAAAAAGAUUUGUGAUGCUGUGGCUGAGUUGUCUAGGAGUCUUCUUGGUGAGUUACAGUGUUCAGUUCAAACAUGCCCUGCAAAGGCCAGUGGCCCAUUUUUGACUGUCCCAGAAACAUUUUAAGUCCAAAAACAGAUGAAAAAUUAUUCAAAUCCAAAUCUAAAAAAUAAAAACAGGAGUCCUAGCCAACAAACCAGUCCAUUUUGUUUUUGUUAACUAAUAGUUUUAUCAUGUCAUCUGCCAAUCAUUUGAAGUCUUGAUCUUAAAUGUAAACAAGAACAGCUUUCCACGCCCACUCGCAUGUAGUUAUCGGCACUUUUGAGAAUUGGGACAUGGGAAAUUAAAGUCCUUCAAGUUCUGACAAUAGUCUUUAAAUUUUAUUUAUUGAUCUUUGCGAAUAAAGCAGACAUUGUUAAAGCAGCUUUUUUGGUAAGCAGAAACCUUCUAAUAGUUCAGGAACCCAGUAUUUUGUGCAAAUAUACAGAGUAUUUAUUGGAUUGGCAUUUCGAAGAUUAGACUCAGUCUGAAAUUUUUUCAGUAGUAUGCGGUAGUUUUAUUAUUUGCUGAAGGGAAAUUUGUGCUAGUUUCAUGCUGGAUUGCACGCACCUUUCAACGCAUCAAAUAAAAUCCACAUUAGGAGAUACUUGUCUGUUUUUAUUUAUUUUGUGGAAAAGAAAACCUGUCUCCAGUCAGCAUAAACCUUGAAUAAUUUCUUCCAAUGAUAUGACUGCUUAGUCAAACAUUGUGAACACGGGAAUUAUAAGUGGAAAUCCAGUGUUCAAAGGUAUAGAAGACAAUGAUCAUGGAAAGGAUGUUUUUACCAUCUCCAUCGUUUUGUCUGUUGUUUUUUUUCUCUCUUGAACAUUUUAGACUUCUGUUUUCAUUUUUUCAGAUGAAGAAGGUUACAAUCAUUGGCAAGAGCUGCUGAAAUUUCUUUUUGGCUGUUGCAACUCAACUAAAUCGGAGCUGAAAGAAAGUGCACUUCAUAUUUUUGUGUAAGUUUAGACAUUCUUAUUUAUUUGGCUUUUAAAAACCAAAUAUUGUGUAUAAAAUUUACCGUAAAAUUCCGAAAAUAAGCUCCAGGGCUUAUAUUUUUCAAAGACCCUUUUUGAGGGGGUUAUUUUUGGAGGGGCUUAUAUGUGGAGGGAAAUUUGCAUUUCAAAAUUGAUUGGGCUAGCCUUCUAGUUGGAAGGAAAUUUACCAUUUUUGCUUUGUUUUACUUUGUUUUCGAGAGCAAUUUCCAAGUACAAGCCCCUGGGGAGCUUAUAUUUGGAGGGGCGACUUAACGGUGGUUUUUUUGCGUUACAAGUUUGGGGGGCUUAUAUUUGGAGGGGCUUAUUUUCGGAAUUUUACGGUAUAUUAACACCAUGGUUUAGUCCAAGAGUUUAGUGCUGAUGAAAUUGACACUAAAAAUAAAUUCUGUGGUCUAGCUGCAGUCAAAUGCCUCUUGCAACAACUGUUUAGUUUUGUGCCACAGGAAAAUUUAAUAUUUAUACUGGUCCCCCAGUUGGAUACCCAGUUAUGCAACAUCAAGGAAAAUAAUAUUUCUUGUUUUAAAAACACAAGGUAUAAGAGAAUUGUAGUAUUUUAAUACAGACUCCCCAUUGUUUUGCGAUUCUGCCAAAAUUCAUUCUGUUUAUACAAUGCAAUUAUUUGCCUUUAUUUCCCACAUUUGACAACUACAUCACUUAAUGGAGGUUGGGUGCUUGGAAUAGCCAGGCGUCCCUAUUGGGCAGCCGUCCUUUAGACUGAAUAUUUCCCCCAUGCCUGGCACAACCCCGGAACCCAGCCAAGCACCUGUUGCAGGUCAAGUUUGAUUUCAGAUUAAAAUUUCUUGCCUAGGUUGAUUCUCAAUUCCUUUGUCCCUUAGGGCUAGGAGAAAAUUAGUAUUAUAGAUAAUCAAUGUAGAAUAAAUCAAAAUGAACUUUAAAAAAAAUUUGGCUUGUUAGACACACAACACACAGUAAUAUCAAUGGAAAGAAAAAAGAGGGAAAACUACUCAAACCGUACUCUAGCUGAUGAAACUUUUCAGUGAAGAAAGCGAGCUAAAAAACAGUGUGUGUUUCCAGACUGACCUCAAGCACUGUUGGUUCUAUUUGUUGUUUGCUCCUUCAAAGUUAUUACAUAUAAAUGCAUUAAAGAUAAAAUCAAAAGCUCUCACAGCUGUUUAUUCAAUGAAAGUAGACAUCGAGCGAAUUACGUGUAACUAGUGUGGGCUGUUUUGCAGAUCAUUCCCUGGAAUAUUUGGAACACAACAGGAGCAUUAUUUGCAGGUUAUUAAACAGAUGUUAUGGCAGUGUUUGCAGGAUCAGACGUGCCAACAGGUACAGUAUGAAUGAUUGCUGUUCAAUAGAAAAUUGUCAUAAAUAAUCAUAAUCUGUAACUAAAACAUCACAUUAUUUUAAACUAACACACGGUGGGAGUGGUAUUACUGGUCCACAAUUUUUGGUCAGAUUAUUCUGGGCCCAGUUCCUGAAAAGAUGGUUAAGUUUUUUAAGCAGGGUUUUCUUGUCUAAGAACAUGUAACUCAAGCUCACAAAAUACUGUUGAACCUUUACACUGAGAUGAAGUUAUGAUAACACAAAAUGUUACUCUAAGCAAUACAAAAUUAUGUAGAACAAAAUUUUAAUCCUGGUUCAGCGCUAAUCGGCCUUUGAGGAACCGGGCCCUGGUCUGUAGUUUCCUUCAUCAUUAUAGUUAGAAUAAAUCCAAACAAAUCGCAUCAAGCGCUUGAUGGCUGCGUAGUAGAUAGAAGUGACAACAAUGAGAGAACUCUGUUGGCAUGGCAACAACGUGGCUCUGGCGGCUUAAUAGAGGUUUAAUUUACAAAUAAUUAUUGUGGGACUUUGAUUACUGGCCUCUUAAUGGGGGUUCAACUGUAUUAUAAUUCUUGUGUUUUUUAUGGUGCUCACUGCUCUGUGCGACUGUUUUUGUCUUCAGGUUCGCUUUAUGUCAGCGCGUGCUUCAGUUGCUUUUAUAACAGAUCAGGUUGAAGAGAUAAAACAGAGACAAUUUGUCGAUCUUGUACCAGGAAUAGUACAGGUAAGCGAUGUAACAGAUCUAACAUAUGUAGCAUCCCCAAAGAAUCUAAAAAGUGUCAAUGUAAUUUUUGUUGUUUCCAUUCUAUGCUAACUGAGGUAGUGUGCAAGUUAGUAAGUUAUUGUAAAGCUGAGGGAGAAAGAGAUACAUGUAAUAUUUUAUGUUAAAGUGACUAAUAUGAUUGUACAUUCAAUAAUAUUGAUUUUUUUAAAAUUCUUUCAUCUUUGUAAUGUGUAUAAUAGUAAUAUUGUUUACAUUAUUAGUAGGAUAAGACAAGUUUGAGUAUUAUACCAGUAUCUUUCAGGCCAGUAGGCUAUCUUCAUUUGUACUAGGUACAUUAAUUUUUGUUUGUGUGUGUUAUUCUUGCAGGCGGUUCGGGAGAGUGUUCAAGCAAGUACUGAUGAUUCAGUGUUGAAAUGUCUGAUUGACCUUGCAGAUACAUGUCCCAAGCUUCUCAGAGCAAAUUUAGAACCUAUUUUGGAUCUUAUGCUAGAGGUACAGUGUGUUGUCCUUAAUGUUGUAGUGAAAUAUUUUAUUUUAAGUUUUAUUGGCUAAGGCCUCCACUGUGGCCUGGGAUAGAGACAGGUGAAGUUAAUUAGCAUGAUUUCUUGUCCCGUUCUCCACAUGGAGAAACAGACCUGAUGAUCUACAUGUAUCUAUUUCGGACGCACCCACACUGAUUUGAUAAGUCUGUCCCAUUCACGUCUGUUAGCUAUGACAGAUGGAAGAUCCUGCCUCAUAAGACCAGUGUCACCAGAGAGUGACACCAGUGUUGAAGACACUGGUGAUGGUCACACCAUUGACCUGAUGGUAGUGAUGAUUUUUUAACUAGGUUAUCUUUUUUCCUAAAGAGGUUUUUUUACCUGGUACACUCUAGUUUUUCAUUUUCUGUGUUUGUAAUUGGACAUCAUUUUGUUAUUUAAAAUACAUAUAUUAUUUAGUUAUUAAUUUAUUUAUUAGUUCCCUCCAUUCCUCAUCCUUUAUCACUCAUUCAUUGCAGCUUACAUGUCUCUUUUGCUCUGGUUAUCAUGGUCCCACCCCAGUUGUUUUUUGAUUCAAAGGUUUUGGUUCUUGUUGUUGUCAUAGUUCCGUUGUUUUCAUGGUGUAGUUGUUCUCAUAAUAUGCUAUCCUGUGCAACUCCUGGCUCUCUAGUUCUUGCUUGUCAUUUUGUAGGUCUCACAGUUUUCUCUCUUCUAGUUGAAAACAGAAACUUAAGCUUUGUAUUAAGUCUUAUUAAUUCAAUUUGCAGAUUGUGCGCAACACAAAUCUUGUUGAAAGUUGGAGGCACUUGUCAUUAGAGUGUGUUGUUACAUUGGCUGAAACAGGUCUGUACAUAUGGAGUGGAAAAACUGUUGACAUUAGCUUGUUAGGCUUCAGUAUACAAACAUUCGUGACCCAAAAAUCUUUUUUUUGACCUUCCUACUGGGCAGGAAUAGGACUAGAUUUGUUAACGUAGCUGAUAGAGAAAUCCUUCAAAUCAAUCAAAUCCUUUAUUUAAACACGUAACACCCAGGAGCACUAAAGCUCUCGUUAAAACAUGUACGUGUGCAUUGUACACUCAAAAAAUGAUCGACAAGUUUCUUUGCAUACAUUAUUAUUUAUUUAUUUAUUUAUUACUUAUUAGUUAUCAUUUUGCAAUUAAAUUAAAUAUGUAAACAAAAUUCAAAAGAAGAUGAGGCAUGGGAGCUCAAGGAAGCCAACAUAUGAGUAAAUUUAGACUCAUUAUCAAUGAUGUGUUUGUAUUUACUUGGCAGCCCCAGCAAUGCUCAGGAAAUGUCAAAAGCAUAUCCCAAUAAUAGGUAAGUUUUUCUUGAUUUUUGAUUUAAUGUGCUUUAAAUUAUUAUGAAUCCCAGGAUAGUGGCUUUGUUCAUUUAGUAUCAUGUAUCAAGCCAUAAGGUCUCAAAUAUAAAGUAAGUUGUAAAUGCUAGCAGUAAAAACUCUUGAUGUACAACAUUUUGGAGAACUUUAUUUUCGCUGAUAUUACAUGAGGAUAAUGUCAAGCAAAUUACUCAACUGCAGAUGUACUCAGAUUCAGAUGCACUUUGUUACCUGCAGACUUAAUUUUCAUAGAAUUAUUUUACCAUCUUUCUUUAUUUAUAACCACACUUUUUUUCAGUUCCUGAAAUGUUGGCCAUGAUGGUUGAUUUAGAGGAUGAUCCUGAGUGGAGUGUUUCUGACGAUCUUGAUGAUGAAGAUGCUGAAAGGUAGGAAUGAAUGGAUGUACACAAAGAGGACCAACCCUGUUUAGGGCUUUUCUUUUUAGGAGAGGCUGGAGGUAUAGUGGCUGAUUGCUUUAACUUUGAACUUCAGACCUCUUCAAGGCUUGCCGCUGCUGUGUUGUCUGUUUAGACAAGAAACUUGGCUCUGCUUUGUCUAUCUUCACUCAGGUGUAUAAAUUGGUACUGGCAAUAUACUGCCAUGGGUAAACUUGCGAUGACCAAGCCUCCCAUCCAGGGGGGGCGAGAAAUACUUUUAGGUGAUUCAUCCCACAGAAACUGUGAUGAGAUCUGGCCCCGAUCUCGGCCUUAUGGCCUAGAUGUGCAUUUGUCUGUCUCUAAGUGAAUCUUAGGGGCAAGGCGGAUGAUAAUGCAAGAAGACGAUAAAUCCUGUUUGCAUGAAUUGUUGAUUUUGUAUUAUGGCAAUGAAGUGGGAAGCUGCUGACAGUUGAACAUGCGAAGUGAGUUUGUAGAAUGACUCUGCAGACUUCAGCUGUAUUCACAGUAUGCCAGAUAGCCUCUGUGCUGCCACAAAAACCAUACUGGAUAGGGAUUCUUUUCACACUUAAGAACGGUGAUUUCAGCAUGAUUUCUGUGACGGUGCAUCUUCUCCAAUCUCUUAAGUAAAGAGUCACAUAUCAGAUAAGUAUCACACUGUAGACAUCAAUCUCACGCAACAAGGAUGAUUUCUUACUCCUUACUCACAAAUCCAGACCUUUGAUCUCUAACACAGGAUUAAUAAUGAAAAUUUAAUUCAUUUUCCCCAAAAAUAUUUUACAGAGUGUAGUUAAUUGUAAGUAAAAAACUAUCAUUGAGAAGUACCAUGCUAUUAUUAUUAUUAUUAUUAUUUUAUUUUUUCAUUGAUCUUUUUAAUGUUUUUUGUUGAUAGUAACUCAGUAGCAGGAGAGAGCUCCCUGGACAGACUGGCCUGUGGUUUGGGAGGAAAAGCAGUUUUACCUCACAUUAUAGUUACUGUACCACAGAUGUUACAGAAUCGUGAGUUUCCACUUCAUGAUUAGUUAAAGCGAUGGGAAUAUCACUUUUGUUUCCAAUUUCUCCUGGCUAUUACAGUUCUCCCAAGAGAAAUCGAAAACAAUGUGUGUGCAUUAUGGUAUAUGUGAAAAUGAUGAAAGUGGGGCUUUAUUCCAUGCACUCCAGGGUUAAGCUCCUGCUGCUUAAUGCCUUUUCUUGUAAAUGUUUUUUUUUCAUAUCAGAGGACUGGAGAUAUCGUCAUGCUGGUCUCAUGGCAAUCUCUGCCGUUGGUGAAGGCUGUUACAAGCAAAUGGAAACUUUACUACCAGACAUUGUUAACACUGUAUUGCCUUUCCUUGCGGACCAACAUCCUCGCGUGAGAUAUGCCGCCUGCAAUGCUGUAGGACAACUGUCCACUGAUUUUGCUCCAGGAUUCCAAAAGAAGUUCCAUACAAGAGUAAGUAAGCAUUUGAAAGAUCUUGAUAAUUAGCUAAUGCCCUUAUGUUCCAUUUCUCUUGUUUUUAACUCAAGUUGGUAAAAUGUUCUAACAACACAUCACUGCCCUUGUUUUGGCCUGAUUCACAAAAGCCUCGUACCAUUUAACCUCCCAUGAUAAGCCACCCAAAAUUAUGGGUCAGUUUUUUGUUAGAACAGAGGCACAUGAUGUGAGAGGUCUCAUAAUAGUUAGUAGAGGACACUUGUUAUGAAAGGCAGCAAACAUCAAAGAUUAAAACAACCGGUGAUGCAGUUUCUGUUGCAAGCUCCAGACGGCACACAAUUCCUUUGUCUUUUUGUUCACAAAUUGUGACAGAAUAAGUUACUGCCAUCUUUUUAUUGGUCAAUAAGAUUAAAAUGAUAGCAAUGCUAUUAAAUGUUGUGCACCAUCAGGUCCACAAAAAAAUAUAACAAGAGAGUCUGACGGGUUUCAUAACCAAUCAAUCAAUCAAUCAUUCAAUCUUUAUUGCUCCUAAGAUAAAAAGAUAUAUUUUAAAUUACAUCAGCUGUUGGAAGUCUAAAAAUACAUAAGACAUGCUGUAAACAAAUAAUAGAAAGAUCAAAUAUUUUAUCUAAAAAUAAGCCUAUUUACAAAAACAUUCUUAAAUCUAUCAGUCUUUAUUUCCAGGCGAUGAGCACUUUUGUUUCUGAGUUGAUACUUUGUUUCUUUCUUCUUCGGAAUGAUGUUACUAAGCGGGCAAUCGGAAUCCACUGAACGUAACCAUUCCUCUCUAACAACUAUGGACUCAUACAAACAGCAAAUCAAAUACUUGACAGGAGUUUGCUAUAACAUGUAUAUGUUGCAGUUUAUUUUUUAUUUCAGUUAAUUUUUGUUUUUCCUUUGUUUCAAAUUCAUUAGCAUACAUUACCAUACCCAAAAACAAUGGAAAAACAAAAAUUAACUGAAAUAAAAAAUUAACUGCAACAUAUAUACUUUUUUUAAAUCUGACCAGGUGGUUCCAGGCCUUCUUUUGGUUUUAGAUGACACUGCUAACCCCCGUGUACAAGCACAUGCUGCUGCAGCCCUUGUAAACUUCUGUGACGACUGCCCUAAAAAUAUCUUGUCUUCUUAUCUGGAUAAUAUUGUGACCAAGCUUGAAGUUGUUUUGUCUUCAAAGUUAAGAGAGGUAGGAAGACGUCUCAUUAAAUGGCUGGUACAAAAUGCAGGCCACAUGACGCAUUGAUAGUUUAAUAGAAAGACAAAGAGACAAAGCCAUUCAAUGUCUUUUCUCUGACCUAAGCUAUUAAUGGAGGAAGACUGGCACCAGUCAAUAUUGGUUGAUUUGCAUUGCUGUAAUUGCUGUACAACCCACAACCUGUGUUCUGCAUUUUGUUCCAAUACUGUCUAUAAGGGCCAAAAGUCAUAUGAAUGUGAUGUUUAGAUUGAUGCACGUCUUAUCACCAUAGAAGUGGAAAUUUGUCGUUUAGACAAUGACUCAAAACUAGCAAUAAAUAAAAAGUGCAAACUACAAGUGUGAGUAGUUGAAAAUGAUCUUUUUCCAGCAGCUGGUGGAGAAUUCGUUCUCAAGUUUUUCGUUUGUUUAACAGCUUGAACGUGGUGGCAAACUUGUUUUAGAACAAGUUGUCACUACCAUUGCGACAGUAGCUGACACAGCAGAGGAGAAGUUUCUGCAUUACUAUGAUCGCUUUAUGCCGAGCCUCAAGUACAUCAUGCAGAAUGCUCUCUCAUCUGAUUACCGCAUGCUACGGGGAAAAACCAUCGAGUGUAUCAGCCUGAUUGGUUUGGCUGUAGGAAAGGAAAAGGUGUGAGUUAUAUAAGAUGUUUGUUGUUGUUGUUGUCAUUGUUGUUUUAUGUUUCAUUAUACAGUCGAUUCCUAUUAACGGACACCUCUGUGAGACGGACACCUCUGUAAAACGGACUCCUGGAGUUGGUCCCUGCCGUUGUUUAUUCCCUUUAUUUGACUCUGUAUAAGACGGACAUCUCUCUAAGACGGACACUUAAUGCCGGUCCCAAAGGUGUCCAUCUUGGAGAGAGUUGACUGUAAUAUUAUUUUCAUUGCCAUAAUAAUUUGUUGUCAUUGUCACAUGGUCGAAACAUCAGUCACUGUAAACAACAGUCCCCUUCAGGCGUACACUCAACCAGAGGAUCAUAACAACUACUUAUGCUAUGACUCCUGAGCUCCAAUCAUUUCCAUGUGCUUCAUUAUUAAUUAUUAUUAUUUUGUUGUUAGUUCCUGCCUGAUGCCAGUGAAGUGAUGCAAUUGUUGCUUAAGACUCAGACUGAGAUGGAAGAACUGGAAGCAGAUGAUCCACAGGUUUGUGGUUUAUAAGCAAGUGACAAAGCACCCUUACCCAGCCCCGCCUUAUUGUCUUGCCUAUCCCUUCGUCUACUUAGAACUGUCUAACUCGUGGACUUCGCAAACUGUCCCUCUCCACCCCUGAACAUUUAAAUCAUUGUAACUGAUCUCAGUGGGUUCUUAUUCUGUGCAUUAUUUGUGGUUUUCUGAAUUGUAAAAUAUAUUAUUGCUAAAUUAAGGAUUGGAAGGACGAUGCGCCAAGUCAAAUAUCAAAGUCAAUAGAAAUGAUGGUGACUGAGCCCUCUAAUAAUGUUUUGGUUAGACAGUUAUACUACUAUUCUAUCAUAUAUUUUGUGAAUUUUAGUUUUAAUGAUUAAUUGUUGGCAGUACACGUCUUCUUCCAUCUGCUAUCCAUGAGCUUAUAGGUUCCAAACACGUCAGCCAAUCAGAAUGCAUGAUUUGCUGUGACAAUAAUACUAGGAUAGUUUUGCUAUAUUAGACAUCUUUGUUUGUUGUAUUCAUUUACUAACCUUGUUAUCUAUUUGAAUGUUGUUAGAUUUCCUACAUGAUCUCUGCUUGGGCCAGAAUGUGCAAGAUUUUUGGCACAGAAUUCACUCAGUAUCUUCCUCUUGUAAUGCCAUCUGUUAUGAAAGCUGCCUCAAUCAAACCAGAAGUAGCAGUUAUUGAUGGUUUGUUUUAUCACUUUCUUGUGACCUUAAACAAACUACAGUAGAAGCCUGUUAAUAGGGUCGACAAGGGAACAUGUCUUAGUCUCCGUAUUAACAGGUUUCUGGUAACGGCGGGUUAAUUUUAGAGAAAAUAUGAGUUUUUUGUCACGACAAACGAAACUGUUUGUUAGGUGUCGGAGUCCGUAUCAAGCGGGCUUCUGUUGAGGGGGGUUGCAUCUUAAAUAAAGCAGUUAUUUUCUCAUCAUCAGAGAGGAAAUGAAUUGUUGGCUGUUUGCCGGCCGAUUGUUGGUCGUUUGUCAGCCGACUGUUGGUCAUGUCCGUCCUCUGUCGACCGACUUUUGGUCGACAGUCUACCGACAGACAACUGACAGAUUUUUAGGGGAGCUGCUCAUCAAUUUUACGAAAAAAGUGAAAAUUGUUCAGAAACACAAUUCCCACUUUAUUUUGCCGUGUGUCAGUUUAUUUGGUAAUCUGCGAAUCAUAAUUCAUUGGCAAAUUAAUUUUCUAUUAACAGCUGAUGAUCCCAAAAGUGGGCAAUAUUCUGAAGAUGAAGGAUGGCAGUUUAUCACUCUCGGUGACCAGGUAAGGUGAUUAAAACUGAAACCGUGGUAAAACGAAUCUAAUCCUGGUCAUUGAAUGACAGCAAGCCAAUAUAGAGUCGGCCGUCAACUGAAGUGAUACACUUUGAUUCGAAGAUGACAACCGCACGGAUUGUCGAAAAGUCAGUCACUGUCAACAACAGCUCUAUUCAGGACUACACUCACCCGGGCGAUCAUAUUUUACCUACUUAUGAAAUGAUUCCUGGGUUCAAACGUUUCACAGACAAAACUAAAUUAAGAGUACUAAUGUUUCGUGCAAUGCACUCGGUAGUGGAGGGUUACUUUCCAAUUCGGCCUCUUAACCAAAUCAUUUUUAUCAAUUGCCACGUACAUUGUAUCUUUCAAAACUUUUUGGACAAGCGAACUGGUAACGUCAGACCUACUUGUUGCUUCAUGUUCUAGCAAAACUAGCGAUGGUUCGCGAAAAGGUCGGCUGUCUCUCCGGCUAGCGAACUAGUGAUUAUUUUGAAUUACAGGAAAAGACCUUUCUUUUCUUCAUUUUUUUGACUGAUGGAAUGACCACAAUUGUGCUGGGCUCGAUUACUAACCGCUGAUCGGAAAAUGAGCCCGCGCUCCUCCCCGAACAGACACGAUCGGCCACGCGCGCGUCUUUUUAUAACUAUCUCUUCUCGUGGAGGACCGAGAGAGCGACGGAAAUCGAGCCGACGAUAUUCCGCUGUAACAAAAUUCAAAGCCAAAGUUAGAUUUGCUUGAGUAAUUUCAUCAAUAUUCUACACGACCAGUCUUCCCUACGUCUUGGUUAAUUAAGUUUUUUUUUUCUUCACAGCAAAAGUUUGGCAUCAAGACGGCCGGCUUGGAGGACAAAAGCACCGCUUGUCAGAUGCUUGUCUGUUAUGCCAGGGAGCUGAAAGAAGGAUUUGCUCCGUACACAGAACAAGUUGUGAAGCUUAUGGUUCCCUUACUUAAGUUCUACUUCCAUGAUCUUGUACGCACAGCAGCUGCAGAGUCCUUACCCUAUAUCCUAGAAUGCGCUAAAAUCAAAGGGGAGGCUUAUGUGAGGCAAAUGUGGGCCUACAUGUGCCCGGAAGUGUUAAAGGCCAUGAGUGCUGAACCGGAACCGGAAGUACAGAUAUUGAUCAUGAAUGCGCUUGCUCAGUGUAUAGAGACUUUAGGGGUGGGUUGUAUGACCCCUGAUUAUUUUAAUGAGCUUGCGACUAUGCUGCAUGAUAUUAUAGAGAUGCACAAGAACAGACAGGUUGAAAGACAACGUAAGUAUUGUUCACUUAUUUGCUCUAAAAUUUUAUAGUAAUUUUUACCAAAAGAAAUGCAGUUGGAAGGUAUGGAGGAGGUUGUGGGCUGGGCUGCUAACUAACUCGAAAAAUGAAAUCCUUACCUGGUGUCAGGAACCACUGAAACAGGGUGGGAGGGUAUCGGGCCAGAAUCUGCAGCAUUUUACUCUAAAUUUGACCUCUGACGCGAAAACGUUCCUUACGAACGAACACACGGCAAGCGAACAGAUGAGAAACGUAUAGCCAAGCCGUUCGAAACGAAAUGGCCGAACGGAUGAAGGCCACAGAUCGGCAAAGGGAACAAUGCAAAGGCAAUAAACAUCACGUGAGAAGCGAAUUACCCCUGCAAACCCCCCUUGCCGCAGUGGUUUGAGAAUAACUUUCCCUAAAAUAAAUUUAAGCGUUCUCUCGUUUUGUUUGUUUGUUUGCUUGAUCUGUUGAUUCAUCCAUUCAUUCAUACGCUAUAAAUAUAGAGUCUGAAAUGUCAGCCCCCCCAAUCCCUCCCCUAACUCUACGGGUUAGAGUGUGGACCCCCCAAACUCUAAGGGUUAGAUUGUGGAGACGGCUGACAUUUUCAGACUAACACUCUAUAUAAUUUGUUGGUUACCUGUUCGGCAGAGAGAAGAAAAGAGGAAGAUUAUGAUGAAGAAGUAGAAGAAGAUUUACAAGAUGAGGUAAGGGGUUCUAUCAAAUCCUAGGGUCAAAAAAAAACUUUUUUCGGCAGGGAGAGGUUGGACAGCGUUUGGCCAGUCUAGUCUAUCUGUGUGCUUAAAGUAAAGUAUAAAUACAGAAGUCACCGUUUAAACUCAAUGCUGAAAGAAUAAAUCUGUUUCCAAGCUUUGUACCACAUUUUACCCAAAUACUUCCAUAUACUAUGGUUUUGAAUUUUCCUGUUGUUGGUUGAUAUUUACUCACAUCCUUAAAACCAUAUUUUUCCUCUUUAGCACGAGACCGAUGUACACAUCUUGAGUAAGGUGAGUUCUGCCACUUUAGAAAUUAGAAGGAAACUUGGCCGAGUUUUUUUAUCUAUGCACCAGGUCUUCAGUCAAUCAAUCAAUCAAUCAAUCAAUCAACUUUAUUUAAACACGGUAAAUGGCUCACCAGGUUCCGUCCCAAACUAGUGGACGGAAAAGAAUUUCUGGUGUGAUUUUUUUAUUUUUUGUUCACGUAGUUGAUUACACGUAGUGGUCUGCGAGAUAGGUCAACUUAUUCCUUGCUUUUUCUUUUUAGGUUUCUGAUAUAAUGCACGCUUUGUUUGGAACUCAUAAAGAAGCUGCUCUGCCCUUCUUUGAACGUCUUCUUCCUGAUUUUCAUUCGUUAUUGGUGAGAUAUUUACUUUACAUUAAAUAGCAUAAUAAUUUCUUACAAGUUUUAUAACCCUGAAAAGGACAUGAUGAGAGUCAUUUCUUUCACCAAUCGAAAUCCAGUUUCUUUGGUGGAAAAUGUUGGUAUUGUAACCCGAAAAAUUCAAAACCGAGGCGCAUAGUUGAACUCAUCUGAAUUUAACGUUAGAUUGCGCAUACUAUGUAGGGUGCUAGUUUCUUAAGCGAAACAGAGGCCCUGUUCAAGUAUCUGGGAGUGAAAGAACGUUGCAGGUAGAAUAAAAACCUUAAAAUUUGGAACGGAGUAAGCAAACAGAAUGCCACUUAAUUUAUUGAAGAACUUAUGCUUCGUUCACGCGGCAGGGUUCGUACAGGUCAUAGAAAACCUAGAAAGUCAUGGAGUUUAAGCAUUACAUUUUCCAGGCCUGGAAAGUCGAGGAAUGUAAUAGUCCAUCCUUUAAAGUCAUGGAAAAUUAAAGUUUCGGUGGCAGGUUAGUUACUGCCGAUUACAAGGCAAGGACAGUGUAACAUAGAAGUGAUUGAACAGCGCGAACGGCACGCAUUUUGGACCACAGUUGUGUCUGUUGAUUUGUUUAAGGUCCAAAAAUAUCCUAAAAUAAGGAAAGUCCGAAAAAAAUGUUUAAAGUGACAGCUAAACCUUAGGUCUUGGAAAACUUAAAAAGGUCAUGGAAUAAGUCAUGGAAAGUCAUGGAAUUUGAAGAGCUCAAAGGAGUAUGAGCCCUGAAUGCCCUAUUCUUUGCUAUCACGAUUGCGCUAUUUGUCUUAAUUAUAAAAUUCUGUUCCCCAGGCCCCUAGUGGAUCUGCCCAAGACAAGCAGUGGUCCCUGUGCGUGUUUGAUGACGUCAUAGAACACACUGGAUCUGUAAGUAAUAAGUUAAAACCUUCUGCGAUCCCAAUAAAUAUAUACCGUAAAAUUCCCAAAAUAAGCCCCUCCAUGUAUAAGCCCCUCCAAAUAUAAGCCCCCUAAACUCAUAACGCAAAAAUCCCUCCGUUUCAUCGCCCCUCCGAAUUUAAGCGCCCCGGGGUUUGUACUUGGAAAUUGCCCUCAAAUACAGAGUAAAACAAAGCAAAAACGGUAAAUUUCCUUCCAACUAUAAGGUAGCCCAAUCAAUUUUGAAACGCGAAUUUCCCUCCGUACGUAAGCCCCUCCGAAUGUAAGCUCCUCCAAAAAUAAGCCCCUCAAAAAGGGUCGUUUAAAAAUAUAAGCCCCGGGGCUUAUUUUCGGAAUUUUACGGGUACUUAAUCCAGGAAACCCUAAUAUUUUUCUGUUGUACUGUAGGCUUCGUUUAAGUACCAGGAAUAUUUUCUGCGACCAAUGAUGAAUUAUGUUGUGGACAGAAACUCUGACGUAAGACAGGUACGGAAGGUGUCUUCAUUCAUUUUUUUCCCCAUAGUUUUUAGUUCUGAGAUGUGUUCUGAUAUUUCCCGUCAGUGCAUCUCAUAUUAAAGUGGCUAUGUGACUAGGAUAUUGCUGUUUUAGGUCAAUUCUGUGCUAAAUUCAUUACGGAUCAUUCUACAUUUCUGGGAAUCUCCCCACCUACCCCUUCCCCAAGCCAACAUGGAUUAUUAUACGUUUCGGGAAACUGCCCGCCUACACCUCCCUAAGCAAACAUUUUGCCCUAAUUGAGAAGUAAGUGUUAAUGUUGGCUUAGGGGAGGGGUAGGUGGGCAGUUAACUUAGUACCUUUACCCAUACAUACCCAUUCUUCAGGGAGCACUGACCAUAAUAAUCUUUUGCAAACUUAGCAUUAAAACUUGAAAAAGUUGGCCCAAUCAUUUCAAGUUUCUUUCAUGUCCAUCUUUGCCGUCAACUUCAACAGACGACAGGAAACAGUUUCAUGACUAAAUAUAGUCGUAAAUUACAAAACCUGACCAUUAUUUUGGGAAUUCAAUUGAUCCAAAAAAGUUUUAGCUUUUUAAAAAGGGAGCAAAUGGCGUGACAAAGCCCAGUAAGACAGACUCAGUUCCAAAAUCCACAUAACCUUGUUGUUUGAUUUUGCCCUAACUUUUAUACAUUUAUUUGCGGAAAAAGAGAGAGUGCUCGUACUUUUGUCACAUGACCGUUUUACGGUCAUAUGACCGGUAUGUAGACACCCAUAGACAAGUGGAUUAGAGUUAUCAGUGCUGAGCCAUUCAGUCGAAAUGUUUCGGUUUAAAUCUUUUCGAUUUUACAAAAUAUAAAGGAGAAAAUUUGAUGAGAAGCACGAGACACAGUUUGAGUGUUUCAUAUAAGUUCUCAAACAAUAAUGAUUUUAAGGCCGUAAUAAGCCAAGUAGAACCAUCAAAUGUCAGAAUGCUUGAUUUAUUUGCCUUCGGUGUUCGUCGAUGUUCUGAUUUUUUUUAUUAUUGACUGACGUUGGAGUUGACAUAAACCAAUCAGAAGCUAGAGUAAAACCAAUCAUCACUUGCGUGCACGCGUGUUCCCGCGCUUAAGUCGAGUCUUGAUUAGUUUAUUUGAUGCAUUCAACCAAUCAGAAGCUGGAGCAGUACCCAUCAUUUUCCCGCGCCUGAUUUGACGCCGGCCACGUUCAUUUGCGUCGACUUCUGAUUGGUUUAUUUGAUCGUCUCCUUCUGUCGUGAUUGGCCAGAUCCGUUCUGUCGUGGUAUUUGAUGCCAUCUCUUUAAUUUCAGGCCGCUUGUUAUGGCUGUGGAGUAAUGGCUCAGUUUGGAGGGGAGGAGUACAUGUCAGCUUGUGCAGGUCUGUAAAACACCCCAUAACAUAUCAAGGGUUCCCAAGACGCUCCAGCGACCGGCGAAAAUCACUGUCGAGUUUAGUCGACAAAGAAGCGUCUCCGAAAAGUAGUUGCAAGACCUAAGACCUCUGUUUCAAAGCGAGGCCAAGUGCCAGGCUAAUGAUGUGAAAAUAUUUUUUUUAUUCUCAUGCAAAUAAAUUUUAUUUUCCCCAAAAAGUUUUUGCACUUAGCCUCGUUUUGCAGGGUGCAAAGAAAACCAUUUUUACAGCUUACCAUUCGGGCAAGCUGAAGCUAGCAUUUACUAGCCCAGACAUCAUUUCAACUAGCCCCAAAAGCUUUUCGUCAAGCAGACUUAAUUUCACACUUCCUCUGUUAUUCGAAUUCCUCAAAGAACAUGACUUGCCCUUCGGGCAAGUUAAAAAGAGAUUUUACUAGCCCCGGGCUAUCGGACACUACUUUCCUUGCACGCUGUUUUGAAAGUGAGAGUUUUUGGAACUCCGAUAAGGCCUAUUUUUGUCCUUUCUAAUUAGUGCCAGUUUUGAUAGUGUUUAGAUGUCUAAUCAACAAAUGUCUUUCAUUUUCAGAGGUAGUACCAUUACUUUUCCAAGUUAUUAACGCUCAAGACUCCAGAAGUCGUGAAAAUGUAAAUGCGACAGAAAACGCCGUGUCUGCGGUGGCAAAAAUAUGUAAAUACAAUCGUGGAAACAUAGCGCUAAAUGAAGUGAUUCCCGCGUUCAUCGCGGCGCUUCCGAUAAUAGAAGAUAAAGAAGAAGCUCCACAUGUGUAUGGUUACCUCUGUGACCUAAUUGAAGGGUGAGUGAUCAGCUUCAACUCUCUCCUUGUAAUAUCAAUGCUUUAUUAAACAGAGUGGUCAUGAGAAUUACGGAUGUGAUCACACAAGAUGAGUUUGCUUGAUAUUUUAUCAACUUCUCCCCACUACUUCUGUAGGAAAUGAAUAGGGGCAACAAAUGAGAAUUCAAAUUUUGAUCUUAGGGUUUAAAGGGUUAAAGUGACGGUUGUAAGAGCUUCAUUCGAAUCUCCACAUGCGACCACCUCCAAUAAGCAAGCGACCACCAAAAUUUUCCCAGUGACAGCCCCACAUAUGAAACCUCUCCGGUGCACCUGUCAUGAUUAAACAAUCAGUGAAUUCGGCUUUUGUGAUCUCUAAAAUAAUUUAUAAAAAGCGACUGGAAUUGACUUGACGCCUGGUCUGAUCUCUUUAUUUGCUGUAUUUGCUACGUUUCCCAAAUUAUACAAAAACGGGGUCGUAACGAUACCUUUUGAUUUGGCUCGAUUCGAUUUCGAUUAUUGCCUUUUGAUUUUGAAUAUUUAGAUUGUUACUGACCAGCUAGCCCCUGGCUUCCCGCGCUUUUGACUGACCUGCUGGCCACUGGCUUCCUGCUCGUUUGACUGAGCAGCUGGCCACGGGCUUCCCGCGCUUUUGAUUGAUCAGCUGGCCACUGGCUUCCUGCACUUUUGACUGACCUGACCACUGGCUUCCCGCUCGAUUGACCAGCUAGCCCCUGGCUUCCCGCGCUUUUGACUGACCUGCUGGCCACUGGCUUCCUGCACGUUUGACUGAGCAGCUGGCCACGGGCUUCCCGCGCUUUUGAUUGAUCAGCUGGCCACUAGCUUCCUGCACUUUUGACUGACCUGACCACUGGCUUCCCGCUCGAUUGACCAGCUAGCCACUGGCUUCCCGCGCUUUUUACUGACCUGCUGGCGACUGGCUUCCCGCACUGGUCCCGUUGAUUUGACUCUGAUUUCUUGUUAAUGCGUUUGUUUGUUUGUUUGUUUGGAAAUCAUUUCUUCUGCUGUGAAUGCUGCAUCUAGGCAAACGUGAUAGCAAUACAUUUUAAUAUUAGGCUCGAUUUCCUCCGUUCUCGGACAUUGGUCUUGUUCCUCCCGAAAGGAGCGCUGAGCUCAUUUCCCGAUCAGCGGUUGGUAGUCGAGCCUAUACCUGUUUCGUUCGACAUUCGUACCAAAAAUCAGAAAACCCGGAGAAGAAAACCUUGUUGUUGUCCCAAGGAGUGUGUUUUUUAUCAAUGCUUAUCACGUUACUGUUUCUUUCUCAAACAGGAAUAAUCCUCUUGCUCUUGGUAAUCUUCCUCGAAUACUUCAAAUUUUUGGCGAAGUGUUUGUAAAUGACGUUCUUAGCGACAAUGAAGCGUCCAGAAAAAGGGUUCUUUCCAUAAUACGGCAAAUUCAGGUAAGAAUAACAAUAGACAUGAACAAAGUUUGAUUUAUAAAACACAAGCUUACUUUCAGGAAUAGGAUUCAUCUAUCGCUUUAUUUGGCGACGGGCUACUAUCACGCUUAAGUGUUCACGAUAAACAUGAAAUAAACCAACUUAAAAUUUACCAAAUACCAAUAGGUAAUUUUUCCACGCCGUCUUCGAUAAAUUCUUCUAGUAAUGGUAAGAAAAAUUUCCCAUUAGAAUACAAGACUCUCUAUGUUUAAUAAAGUAUAAAAUUAAUUCAGAUUUUUGAUUUAAGUUUUACUGACUUAAUAUAUCUCAAUCUCAAAGACAAAGGAAAUCGUACACCGUGAGCGUGUUAGUCUUCAAGAAUGUUCUUCGCUUGUGUGUCCUUAAUUUCUUCUUGAAAGUCAAAGUGGUAUCAAAGGUGUUUUUUGAUUUCAUCAAAUAUUAAACCCCUUGACGUUAGUGAAAAGUACUGCUGCAGGAGCCGUUGUAUUUUUCUCUCUUUUUAUGUGAUGUUUGAUAUGUGUUGAAACACUGCCUCUCGUGUUUAUGUAUUUUGUGUUCCGCCCUUUUCGCAGAGUGCUGCAGAUAUGUGGACGGCGUGUGUGGGCCAACUGACCGAACUUCACCAGGAAUCCUUAAAACAGGCAUUAGAGACAGAAAGCUAAUGGGCCAUUGGUGUAUAACGUCGAAUCCCCGCAAGACCCUCGUUAAAACUGCGAGCAAACCGCAUCCGGAACACAGAGACUUGUUCAAGUUUUAUGCAUGAGAUGCACACACAGUGACCUUCCCUACCUUCAAUGUCGAGAAUUUGUGAUUUACUUACGAGUGAAACAAACAAAAACGCGAUGCCUCCAGCAGGAUUACGGAGCAACGUUAAGUGAUUGGUACAUGUUUACUUUCGGCAGUUGUGCUUAUUUCCCCUGUGAUUUUGGAAAAUCCGGAUCGAGAUGAUGGACCGCGAAAGAGAGACAGAUAAGAAUGGAAUAUUAGAUGUUGAUACAUUUGCAGCAAAAAGAAGAUAGAACAUAUAAACGCUCAAAACAAGAGGACGGUCUUUUGUUUACGUGAAUUUUUUUUCGGUAGAAUAAAAUGUAGAUAAUCAAUUGCGCAGGGCAGAAAUCAGCAGAGAUGCAUGAUUUCUUCGGUGAAGCUAAGAAGAUAGUAAUUUUGUAGAGUGCGGAACGUGCUUGUCCGGGUCAGUAUGCGUCUUGAAGUUUCCUUGGUACUUAACCCUUUCACUGCCAAAUGUGGCCAAAGGCAAAUUUCGACCAAAUUUCCAAAUUUCAUUUCCUAAAAUUUUGACAAACAAAUAGCACCAUGAGUAAAUACAGGCAGAGAGCUUUCAUUUGAAUGGUCACAUCAUGGGUUUUUGUCCACAUACUCAAAAGUUAGAGUCACCUCACAAAACUCGAUGAAACACUCCGGCAGUGAAAGGGUUAAGUCUUCUCCGUAAAAUAUAUUAGACGGGUAAUUUGCCAUUUUGAGAUUACGGUAGAAACUGGGUCGGAACGAUGUCGAAGUUUGGACGCUAGCUACCGCUUCUUUUAUUGGCUGUCACGAGGCUGGAAAAGGAAACUCGUUCCAAAACAUUCCCACAGUGCUCUUCGACACAACACAGACCCAGUCUCAAAUGCAACGUCAAAAUAACCAGUAGAGCGUUUUCACAUGACGUCACCGAGGCCAUAUUGGUGUUCCAAAACAAUGAAACGGCAGCCAUGGUUGUGUUCCAAACAAAUCCACCGUUAGUUGAACUCUAUUCUUAUGCAAAUGCUUUCUUUUGUUCCAAUAAAUUGGCUUGGAUGCCGGCCACGUGAAGGAAAACGCUCUAUAUAUCACAAGAAAGGGGACUCGAGUAGCAGGAAAAAUUACAGACGCUUGUAUGGGUGUGCAACUCAGAGAUGUUGCACUUAGGCCCGUUCCAAAUGUCGAACUUCACGUGUGCCGAAUAAUUGCAAAGGAGCGGGAACAGAUUUUCCACGUGAGAAUUAAAAUCGCAAAUACGAAAUUCGACCUUUUGGCCUCAUUUAUUAGAAACUUUUGUUGGAAUGUGAAUCAAGGCAGGAAUUUGAUUUACACGGUGGAGGGGGAAGGGGGGAGCGGGAGGGGGUGGUGGAAAGUAUGCUUAUGGUGUCUUUGUAGUUACCAAGAGGAAAUCGAAU